AUGGCGUUCUCCUUCGGCACACCCUCCAGCGGAGCCCCCAGCGGUAACAUGUUCGGCACGGCGGGCAAUACUUUCGGGUCCAAUCAGAAUAACUCGAACGCUGGCUCCACGGGCGGUAGUCUGUUUGGAAAUGUAGGAGCGUCAUCCACCAGCGGCACGACAUCACCUUCGCUGUUUGGAACCAGCUCCGCGGGCGGCCAGAUGUUUGGCAACGCUGGUACUGCUGCUACUACCACCGGUGGAAGCACGGGCGGAAACACUGGCUUUAGCUUCGGCAGCCAGGCCCAAAGUGGCACUCAGUCUGGCUCUCUGUUUGGUAGCUCGCAGACCCCCGGCAAGACAACUGGAUCAACUACACCUGGUCAGACUGCUACCAGCGGCUCACUAUUCGGUGGCGCUGGGAAAUCGGGACAGAGUUUGUUCGGCAACACGGCAGCCACGCCGGGUCCGGCUGCAGGUUCUUUGUUUGGCAACACCUCGACCACCCCAGCUGGCCCUCCGCCGGGGAAUAAGCCACCGAGCAUGUUUGGUGCCGCCUCCACUUCGACUCCUUCCACCGCUACGCCUUCUUCUACAACCCCUGCCACUGCGCAGCCGCAGCAAUCUGGCGGGAUGUUCGGAUCAGGCGCUACAGCCAACACAUCGAAGCCAUUGUUUGGAUCAGCUCAACCGUCUGCGCCGAGCGGAGGUUUGUUUGGCGCAGCAGGCCAAGCUAAGCCGGCCGAGUCGACCACUCCAACAUCCACUGCAGAGGGCGCUUCGAAGCCGCUCUUUGGCCAGGCCCCAAGUCCGGCCACAGGCGGUACCCCAGCUUCGCAGACUCCGUCUCUCUUCAAGAUGCCUUCCGCUGGCGGUGAUUCCGCACCCAAGCCCACCUUCCCUUCCCUUGGCGGCACGCCUGCUGCUACCACUACCACCACCGCCGCCACCCAGCCGUCUACAGGAACUCCCGCAUCGACGGCUACUCCUCAGAAGUCUCUAUUCCCGUCUAUUGGGGGUGCCGCAUCUACAGCUGCACCGUCAUCUACACCAACAGCCGCACCUUCUGGUGGUCUUUUCCCAAGUCUGGGUGGUGCCAACUCCACCCCUGCAACUACCCCGGGAACCGCAGCCUCUGCUCCCACUACCACAUCUGCAGCACCGGCUGCCGCUAAACCUAGCAUGUUCGGACAACCUCCCAGUUCUGCGGCGUCUACACAGCCUGCAACCGCUGCCAGCACUGCUGCAACAACAUCGGCUGCCCCGGCCAUGCCCACUGCCACCGCUGGAGCCGCUGGCGCAAGCUCCAACCUGGGCGCAUCUACGGCGGGUCCUGCUCCGCCUGCCCAGUCUCGUCUGAAGAACAAGACCAUGGACGAGAUUGUUACCCGAUGGGCGACCGACCUGACCAAGUACCAGAAAGAUUUCCGGGAGCAGGCGGAGAAAGUCGCUGAAUGGGACCGCAUGCUUGUGGAGAAUGGCACCAAGGUACAGAAGCUGUAUGGCAGCACCGUGGAUGCGGAGCGAGCUACACAGGAAGUCGAGCGUCAGCUGGCGUCGGUGGAGGGCCAACAAGAGGAGCUGAGCUCGUGGCUGGACCGGUACGAGCGAGACGUCGACGAGAUGGUGUCCAAGCAGGUCGGACCUGGCGAGUCUCUCCAAGGACCGGAUCAGGAGCGUGAGAGAACCUACAAACUGGCCGAGAAACUGUCGGAGCGCCUGGAUGAGAUGGGCAAGGAUCUCACCAGCAUGAUCGAAGAGGUGAAUGGCGCCUCGGCCACGCUGAGCAAAACCAACCGGGCAGAUGAACCGAUCUCACAGAUUGUCCGCAUUCUAAACUCGCACCUGUCCCAGCUCCAGGUCAUUGACCAGGGCACCUCAGAGUUGCAAUCCAAGGUCGCUGUCGCCCAGAAAGCUGGACAGUCAAUCUCGUCCCGGCUUGGUUACGGGUAUGGUGGUAGCCCAGGGAUGGGCAACGGCAACGCCGCCGAUGAUUUCUAUCGUUCGUACAUGGGCCGCCGGUAG